GUAUCGGAAUGCACUGACCGGAAAUGUAUAUGCUUUUCUUUAUUUGUUUAUCGCUAAUAUCUUCUUUUUUUCCAGUGCAAAAUUCUCGGAUAGAUGUGCUUUCAAGACCUAAACCGAUUCCACCAGGGCAUAUAGAAGACAGGCGAUCUGUGUACUGGAUUGACCGCCCCCCACCCACCGUCGGGCCUGAUGGAAUCACAAAAUGUCGUAUGAACAAACAUCAACUGUCGCUGGUGAAGGUGAAAGAACUGCACCCAGAGUACCAGGGAGACAGGCCGACCUCAAUUUGGGCCGUGAGUCUGGGAGCGCUGAAUGCCAAACACCGUCCUCGGCUUGACGUGCUGGCCCGACCGAAGGCCCUCCCACCAGACUACCAGCCCAAGAGACCCGUGUACAGCAUCGUACCGGAGAGUGCCAAACGGUUCGAGGCCACGCAGCGACUCGAGCAACUCUGCCUGCCAAAAAUGUCCCGCGAGCUGAAGAUCAAAGGCGACACGGAGUGGGAUUGGGGCGAGUGGAUCAGCGAGAUUUCGCCCGCCGCGAAGAAAGCCACCGCCACGCCGCGGGUCGAAACACUGGCAGAAGCGAAGAGGUGGCACCCAGAGUUUCUCGCAAACCGUACGGUACAGUGGGCCGUCUCGGAUAACGCAAAAACGUCCAUCGCGUCCAUCCGAUUGCAGCAGCUUUCGCGACCGAAGAGUCGGGGCGGGAACGACGACUACGAUCCUUACAAAGUUCCGAGGGCCGCGCUGCUCGCGCAAGCUUCCGCCAGAAUCAGCGAGCUUUCCACGCCGAUCGCGAGAAAAGUUCGCCAAAAGAAGGUCGUGUAAAGAUCUGAGGAACCAACCACUUUUAUCUGGGGGUGGGGUGAUCUGUACUUUACCAACAGUAUUUUUGUGGUAUUUUUUUCCACUUUUCUGAGGGAUCACCAUUAAUUUCACCCCACUCCCCUAAUAAUAUGUGGUAUGUUCCGAAGUCAAACAAUGCUGCUAUGAGGUUGAAAGAGGAAUUUUCUAUGCACCUUUAUAUUCGUCAAUUUCUACUUUGACGAAAAAACUCUCAAUACAACUUUGUCUCUUGUUGCCACAGAGAUUAUGUUCAGCUGAGAUCAGUACGUACAAUUUUUAGUCACCGUUCAGAAAGAAGUGAUUUGCAUU